AUGUUGAACCAAAUUCUAAUAAUACUUCUGAACAGAUAAUCUUAUAUAAUGAGGAGUCUAAUUCUGACAUAUACCAGGAUUUGGUAACCCCUACAUCUUUCACAGAAACCAUAUCAUUUGAUUCGCAAAGCGACUUAUGUCGCCUAGAAGAGAAGGAGAAGAAGCUUCAGGAUCAAGAGGAUCAAAAGUUAAUCUCAACUCCUGAGAAUACUAUCCCUAAGAUUUCUAUAUUACCGAAUAAGAAUGAACAAAGUGCUAUUUCUUCUGAAACAAAAACUUUCUAUAAUCAAAAAGAUGAAAAAGGUUUAAUAUAUGAGUUAUCUAUAUUUAUUAACGAGAAAAGCUUUUUGAAUCCCAUACCAGAUAGACAAAUUCUUGAAAACAUGCUAGAUGGAGAUGAUUCAACUUCAGGUUCUGCAUUGCAUUUGGUUCAUUUAUUUAACAAGGCUAAAAAAACUGGUCAGAAAGAAAUUUUAUGUUGGUAUUGUUAUAGUGAGGAAUUCGAAAAAAAGAUAACAGACAUUAGCUUUAAAAAUGAACUUAACAAUCAAAUAGUAAGAACACAGAUUUAUAAUGAAAUGGAACUAUUUCUUUCUGGCAUCAAGAGAGA